AGCUGGCCCUGAUGUACAAUGACUCCUCGGUGCUGGAAAAUCACCACCUUGCUGUUGGCUUCAAGCUUCUGCAGGAAGAUAACUGUGACAUCUUUCAGAACCUGAGCAAAAAGCAGAGGCAGUCGCUGCGCAAAAUGGUCAUUGAUAUGGUGCUGGCUACAGAUAUGUCUAAACACAUGAACCUCCUGGCAGACCUGAAAACUAUGGUGGAGACCAAGAAAGUCACCAGUCUAGGAGUGCUACUGCUGGAUAACUACUCAGACCGCAUACAGGUCCUUCAGAACAUGGUGCACUGUGCAGACCUGAGCAACCCCACCAAGCCUCUGGAGCUGUACCGGCAGUGGACAGAUCGCAUUAUGGUGGAGUUUUUCACCCAGGGGGACAGGGAGAGAGACAAGGGCAUGGAGGUCAGCCCCAUGUGUGACAAACACAACGCCUCCAUAGAGAAGAACCAGGUGGGUUUCAUUGACUACAUUGUUCACCCUCUGUGGGAGACGUGGGCCGACCUGGUGCACCCCGACGCUCAGGGGAUCCUGGACACACUGGAGGACAACAGAGAGUGGUACCAGAGCAUGAUCCCCCACAGCCCCUCCCCCCACCCAGAGGGCCCCGAGGAGGGAGCCCUCACCGGGGAAGCCUCAGCGCUCGGUGGGGGCAGCGGCUCUAUUUCGGCGGACAAGUUCCAGUUUGAGCUGACCUUGGAAGAAGAGGGAGAGUCUGAUGACGAGAGUCUGCCCGAGGAAGAGGAGAGCUACAGCGACAGUCGGGGGCCCGAACUCUCCAGAAGUGAUUCUGGCAGCGGAUUGGAUUCAGUUUCUUCCACGUCUCGCAUGCUCGCCAAAAAGCUCACCACUGAUUCAGUCAGAACGUUCUCAUUAGACUCUGAUAAAGAAAUGGCUGAAGAAAGAGAAACAGAGAAUGAAGGCGUCUCUGGAGUCCCACGCUUCAGACUUGGGACAUAGCACCCGCCAAAAGUAGUAUUUUUUUGGGCCUUUUUUGUUUCUUUUAUUGAUCUCGGUGCCUCCUCUUGACUCCCUUUCUCCCACUCCAACCAAACACCACCACCUCUGGUUUCUGCGGACAGCAUGACAGCAAACCUAGGGUGGGGAGUAAGUGAGUGCGGUGGUUGCGGAGGGUGUUAAAAAAAUGCUGCAGUUUUACCCAGCAGUCACUUGCACUGGAGAGAAACAGAUGGACAUUUUAAUAGAGGACAGGAAACCAAGUUUCUGAACUGUCCUCUAUGCUCUGCGUCUUUCAGUCAGACGUACUGUGGAUGAACUACAGCGAGGAUGAGAAGUUUAAAACCUAAAACUUCCCCUUUACCAGCCAACCCAAGGUCUACUUCAACAAAGACAGAACUGUCUUCCUCUUUGUGAAGAAAGUGAGGAAGUGAUGAAUGAGCGUGAAAACAUAUUUUAAGACAUCUUGCCAAACUUUACCCUGCCUUCUUAGUUCUUAUUUUGUUUGUUUUGUUAUCUUUUAUUUAGGUCCAUUGAAUUGCAGUCAAUGAAGGUACAGUAAAUAGCAGACUCCAAAGCAGUGUAGGCAAAGUAAUGGCAGAAAGAAGCUAUGCAUGAUUUUAUGCAGUCAUUUUUAAUGUAGCAAACAUUUCGAGUGGCGCUAUCAUUAUUAUUGUAUACGUAGCACUUCUUUCAGCUUGCACAGCCUAUUUAAUUAUGUUCAGCAAACAGUAGUGUUGCUAUAAAUGGCUGGCAAUGCAUAAUAUUUUGAAGUUUUUUAGAAGUGUUUCAGGCUCACUAUUUCCAUUUUAUAAACCUAAACUAUGAUAUUGUCGGUGACAAUAAUGAGCCAGGGUCAGCGUAGUGUUAUUCAGUCAGGAAUUACAUCCAGCUAUGUGGGCUGUGCAUAUGGUGCCUCCCAGUGUCGACAUGUGGAAUUAAAGUUCUGGCAUUGGAGGCAAAUGAUUUGCAAAGCUAUAUUCAAAACCCAUUGAACUGGAGGACUACCCCAAAUAUCAGUAAUGUUUCAGUUUUGUUGCUAUUUUGACUUAAAUUUCAAGUCACUAAUUCUUGAGUUCUUAAUAUUUGGCACCCAUGUUUAUAGGUUUCCCUUCAAGUUGAGCACUUUAUAGUUGGGACUGAGCCAAAACAUGAACACAUUGAAGGCUGUUGACUUCAAAACAGCUUUGGAAGGGCUGCCAAGCAACCAGCGGAGACAUCAUGCAAAAACUAAACGCUACAGUACAUCUACAAACUGCAUCAAACUAUCCAUACAAAUCCAUCAUGGUAAUUACAGACGUGUCACACAGCAUCCAAGCACAAGGGUUGCAAAGACGGAUGUCAGCAUCAUUGUAACUGUAGAAAACAAACAAACCAGGAUGGAUGAGCCAGAAUUUUUUUCUUCUUUUUUUUCCUCAUUGAUCAAUAUUUUGCUCUUCACAGGGACAUAGUCAAUGACAAACAAGUGCCAAGCAAGCAUGACACAACCCGUACUGUAAUUUCCAUUUUGCCACUGGCUACUUUCCAUCCAUGACUGAUAAAGUUGGUUGAUUGUAGCACACUGUGUGCCAAUCUGACCCGAGUGUCUCUGUUACAAUUUUUUUUAAACUCCAGUUCUAACGGUAACUGAAACUGAUAUUGUCUUAAUACAGUGUUUUGUUUUAUUGUGUGAGAGUGAAUGACUGGGUUGACUUUUUUGAUGUAUUUGCUAAGAAUAAACCAAAGCACUUUGUAUGGUA